UAUCACUGUCAUUCUUGUCAUUUGAAUUUGACGUUCGUAUGAUAACCGCGCUUUUUUAGUUGUCUUGUGUUUCUUUUCAAGUAUUCUAGUCAGAAAUUGAACUGUAUCGCAAAUAAACCAAAAUGCAGGCUUUCCUAAAAAGUGGUAAACUAUCCACAUCGGACAAACCGUCAUCUUCGGGAGUAAAAACAGCAGGCAAGAAGAAGCCGCCAGCACCAUGGGUUGAGAAAUACCGACCGAAGACGAUAGAUGAUAUUGUAGAUCAAGGAGAAGUAAUACAAGUGUUGCGGGAAUGUUUAUCUGGCGGAGAUCUUCCUCACUUGUUGUUCUACGGCCCGCCGGGUACCGGUAAGACGAGUGCCAUACUUGCGGCCGCUCGGCAGCUGUUUGGCGAUAUCUCUCGGGACCGUGUGUUGGAGCUGAAUGCUUCAGAUGAGCGCGGUAUCCAAGUUAUCAGGGACAAAGUGAAGACCUUUGCCCAACUCACAGUCAGCAGUAAAAGACCAGAUGGUCGACCAUGCCCACCAUACAAGCUGGUGAUUCUGGACGAAGCAGACUCCAUGACAACUGCAGCUCAGGCGGCACUAAGGCGGACAAUGGAGCGAGAGACACGGACCACUCGGUUCUGUCUAAUCUGUAACUAUGUCUCCAGGAUCAUCCCGCCAAUCACUAGCAGAUGUUCCAAAUUCCGCUUCAAGCCUUUGGCAAGAGAAAAUGUUAUUAAGAGGUUACGUGAGAUCUGUGAAGCUGAAGGCGUAGAUGUGGGCGACGGUGAAGUGUUACACCAGGCAGUAGACACAUGUGAAGGAGACUUGCGGCGAGCACUCACUGCCAUGCAGUGUUGUCAACGACUGCUAGGGAAGAUCACUGCUGAAGGACUUGUGGAGGUUACCGGUCUUGUUCCUGAGGACCUUGUCAAUCAGUACCUCGGUGUCAAAAACUACAGUGAACUCGAGAAGUUUGUUGAAAGUUUCCUGAUGGAGGCCUACUCCGCAUCACAACUCUUGGAGCAGCUAAGUGCAACAGUGGUGACUGCAGGUCAUCUCACCAACAAACAGAAGUGCGAGAUCAGUGAGAAGGUGGCUAUCUGCUCCCAUAGACUGCUGGAUGGUGGUGCCGAGUACAUGCAGCUCACAGAUCUUGGCUGUACCAUUAUAAUGGCGAAUAAUAACCCUUAAGGAAGUAGAUUUAAGGUCUGUUAUUUGAUAUAUUUAUGUAGUUAAGACCUUUGCAAGUUGAAGUGUGAGCAAUCAUCGUUAUACUGCCAAACAAGGAUGUUGAAAAUAAGGCGAACUGUCACUUAGAAAUGAUUGAAGCACCAAAAUGUCAGUGGUGUAUUUAUGUGUGCGUGUACUUGCAACACUGUAUUAUAUGAAGUGUAAUGACGGGCCAAGACACGCGAGAGAUGUCCUUCGUGACAAUGUGUGUGUAUUCUGCGUGUAAGUCUGUAGUAGCCAGGUCCCACAGACGAUGUUUCAAGAGACUGUCUCCGCCUUUUUUCAACGCCCUUGCUGCCAACUGCCGGUGUGAUAAUGAUUGAUGACGUGUUUACUUUUUAAAAACAUUCGUUUAUUAUUAUUCUGUGGUCUGUUUUGUCAUUGCACUCAAAUGACAAAAUAUUAAGACAUCUGAAUUGAAAGGAGGAAGUAAAAAAUGAAAGAAAGAAUAAAUGAAAAUAACUUAUAAUUAUGUAAUCAUCACACUAUUUACCUUUUGCUGGAAGAAGAAAAUAAAAAAUAAUAAUUACUGAAUACCAACCAGUUUUAUCAAUUCCGUAGAUGUAAGUUUUCUAUUUAAGUGUUACCAGCUACAAAUAUGUGGAACUGUGCGUGUUGCCAGAUUAAAAAGAAAACAUUGCUGGUUCUAGCAUCUCCCUUCAACUUAAUAGAUUUCCAACUCUGUACGUAGACAUUCUGCUACUAGGUCUAAGAAUACAGUAAUAGUACAUUGUAUAUAAAUUGGCACCACACUGUAGGCUACCGGUUUUUCAUUGACCACAUAGUAAUAUAACUUGCCGUGUAAUCUUUUUGUUCAAUCAUUGAUACCAGGUAAUCCUCUAUUGUACAAACUCGAGCUAUCAGAGAGCUUAGUACUAAUUUGUUUUACAUUUAAAGUACUCGAAACGAAACGCCGUUCGGCGCUCUGAUUGGCUGGCUCAUAUGAAUUUUACCUGGGUCAGGGUCACCUGGUAAGUAAUCGGUGUCGACCAUGGACACCCGGAACACCAGAGGCGUUACAAGUGCGUUACCGGCCUUUUGGGGAUUAGGAAUUUGAGGAU